AUGAGCGAUAAGAAUACGCGUAUUGCGAUUGUCAAUGAGGACAAGUGUAAACCCAAGAAAUGUCGUCAGGAAUGUAAAAGGGCUUGUCCUGUUGUCAAGACCGGAAAGCUCUGUAUUGAAGUAGUUCCGACCUCAAAGAUCGCCUUCAUCUCAGAAAAUCUGUGUAUUGGUUGCGGUAUUUGUGUCAAGAAAUGUCCUUUUGAUGCGAUUCAAAUUAUCAACUUACCAACGAACUUGGACUCACAAGUUACGCACAGGUAUUCUGCGAACAGUUUCAAACUGCAUCGUUUGCCCAUGCCAAGACCAGGCCAAGUGCUAGGUUUGGUGGGUACCAAUGGUAUUGGUAAGUCUACGGCUUUGAAAAUUCUGGCCGGUAAGCAGAAACCUAACCUUGGAAGGUACGAGGACCCUCCCGAAUGGCAAGAAAUCAUCAAAUACUUCCGUGGAUCAGAGUUGCAAAACUAUUUUACCAAGAUGCUUGAGGACGAUAUCAAGGCCAUCAUUAAGCCUCAGUAUGUCGACAACAUUCCUCGUGCUAUCAAAGGCCCAGUCCAAAAGGUCGGAGAACUUUUGAAGCUUAGAAUGGAAAAAUCUGAAGACGACGUUAAGAGGUACAUCAAGACUUUGGAACUUAAGAAUGUUUUGAAAAGAGAUGUCAGCGCCCUUUCAGGUGGUGAAUUGCAAAGAUUUGCCAUUGGUAUGUCCUGUGUUCAGGAAGCGGACGUAUAUAUGUUCGAUGAGCCUUCUUCGUAUUUGGAUGUCAAGCAGCGUUUGAAUGCCGCAUUGAUCAUCAGGUCCUUGUUAUCGCCUACUACUUACGUUAUCUGUGUUGAGCACGAUUUGUCCGUUUUGGACUAUCUUUCUGAUUUCGUCUGUAUCAUCUACGGUGUUCCUUCUGUGUAUGGUGUGGUCACCUUGCCAUCAUCUGUAAGAGAAGGUAUCAAUAUUUUCUUGGAUGGUCACAUUCCAAGUGAGAAUUUGAGAUUCAGAACUGAGGCUCUUCAAUUCAGAAUGGCAGAUGCACAGGAUAUGCAAUUGCAAGCAGAUGCUACGCGUGGCUUUAUCUAUCCUUCCAUGAAGCGGACUCAAGGUGAUUUCAAACUGACGGUUGAACCCGGUGAAUUCUCUGACUCUGAAAUUCUGGUCAUGAUGGGUGAGAAUGGUACCGGUAAAACUACUUUGAUCAAGCUAUUAGCUGGUGCAAUCCCAGCUGAUGAUGGCACGGAUGUUCCUAAAUUGAAUGUCUCUAUGAAGCCUCAAAAAAUAGCUCCAAAAUUCCCUGGUACUGUCAGACAGCUAUUUUUCAAGAGAAUCAGAGCUCAGUUUUUGAGCCCACAGUUCCAGACUGAUGUUGUGAAGCCUUUGAAAAUCGACGACAUUAUUGACCAGGAGGUACAGCAUCUAUCUGGUGGUGAACUGCAAAGAGUUGCCAUCGUACUUGCACUCGGUCUUCCAGCCGACAUAUAUCUGAUUGAUGAGCCAUCUGCAUACUUGGAUUCUGAACAGCGUAUCAUCUGUUCCAAGGUUAUAAGGAGGUUCAUCCUGCACAAUAAGAAAACUGCCUUCAUUGUCGAGCACGAUUUCAUCAUGGCUACCUAUUUGGCCGACAAAGUCAUUGUCUUUGAGGGUACUCCUUCUAAGGACGCCUAUGCCAGAUCUCCAGAGAGUCUGUUGACUGGUUGUAAUAGAUUCUUGAAGAACUUGAAUGUUACUUUCAGAAGAGAUCCAAAUUCCUUCAGGCCAAGAAUUAACAAAUUGGAUUCUCAAAUGGAUCAAGAACAGAAACUGUCCGGUAACUACUUCUUCUUGGACAACACCGGUGUGUGA